CUUGAUGCACGACGUAUUGAUGCCCGAACUUCUGGCGAACGAAGACUUGAUGCACGAACUUCUGAAGAACGAAGACUUGAUGCACGCCCUAUUGAUGCCCGAACUACUGAAGAACAAGGACUUGAUUCACGACGUAGCGAUUCCCGAAUUUCUGGAGAACGAAGGCUUGAUGCUCGGCAUAUUGAUGCUGGACAAGUUACAGACUGUAAAGUUAUUGCACAAGCAUCUGAAAUGAUGAAAAAUCCCACCCAUGUCAUUGACAGAGAAGACGGCGGCGAAGACGUCAUUGCUAGUAAAUAUGGUGGUGAUGAUUACGUCCAUAAUCAAAAUGCCAGCCAUAAUGUCAUCAAUAGUCAAAACUUCUGCCAUGACGUCACUGAGUGUCAAAAUUGCGGCCAUGACCUCAUUGAAAAUCAACAUGGUGUCUUUGAUGUCAUUGACGGCGGCCAUGACAUUGCUUCUUCCGCGGAUUCUCUUACUGCACUUUAUUUAGCUUCCUAUCAAAGCGAGAUGGCUCCGAAAAACUUGGAAUAUCUGGAAACAUUUGCGCUGUCGAAGCCGUACGACGCUGCGUUCGAGACGUUUGACGUCCGAUCAGCCGUGGCUGCCUUGUUGGUGGCGCAGACGUUGCCGCUCGUCGUCGGGAAACGCUUCUCUGCGUGCGUCUUUUAAGACGUCAAGAGUCUUCGUGGCACGGCAUUGGGUCUU